AUGGCCACGCCCACACGGCUGCGGUCACGCCCACUCCGCUGUGGCCACGCCCACUCGGCUGUGGUCGCGCCUCUUGUGCUGUUGGUCACGCCCUUUGGGUUUUGGGCCACGCCCAUUGAUGUUAGUUCCGUUCCCGGUUCCGUUCCCGGUUCCGUUCCCGGUUCCGUUCCCGGCGCCGUUUCCGGCACCUCGCGCCGUUUCGCCGACGCUUUCUCCGCCCUGCUCCGCCACGGCCGCCAUCUUGGCCCCGCCCUGUCCCACCUGAGCCAAAUCGCCCCCAACUUCGACCUGGACCCGUCGACGCCGGGCAACGGCUACCGGAGCCUGCUGGAGGUGCUGCGGCUGAGCCUCUUCUUCCGCGCCGGCGCCAACGCCGCCGAGCUGGAGGCCGUGGCGGCGGCGCUGGGGCAGCUGCGCGCCUUGGCCGUGCUGGCUGACGAGGAGGAGGAGGAGGAGGAGGAGGAGGAGGAGGAGGAGGAGGAAGGCAUCAGCGAGGUGGUGCUGCGGGAGUACAGCACGAUGCACAACGGCUGCUUCUACGGGAGGUGCUUGGGCUUCCAGUUUGUGCCGUCGCUGCGGCCGUUCCUGCAGACUUUGGCCAUCGGCCUCGUGUCCUUCGGUGAGAACUACCGCAGCCGCGACCCCGGCAUCGGGGUGGCGGCCGGGUCGCUUUUCACCAGCGGGAAAUUCGCGCUGGACCCGGAGCUGCGCGGCGCCGAGUUCGAGCGCCUGACGCAGAACCUGGACGUGCAUUUCUGGAAAAGCUUCUGGAACCUCACCGAGACCGAGCUGCUGGCGUCGGUGGCGUCGCUGACGGCCGUGCAGGUGGGGCUGUGCCGGGCGCUGGCCGUGCCCCCCGAGCCGCUGGAGCUGCCCCUGGCGCAGGACCCGACGCGCAGCGUCACCAUCGCGCCGCCCGGCGCCCACCUGGGCCCCGCCCCGCUGCACCUGCGCCUGCUCUCCUACCACCUCCGCGAGGGACAG